AUGUUGUUUAGAGGAAAAGAUGCUUUGGCCGUCACCCUCUUUCUGCUUGCGGAUAGAGCAGCGGCACGACGACAAUUCCCGCGCUAUAUCACGUUCGCGAACUCAACCACAACCGUAGCUGCCCCGAGCACAAUCACUACGUCUAUAUUCGACUCAUCCACAUCUGCUUCUGAGACUAGUAGUAGUAGUAUUAUUACCCCUGAGCCUUCUACUUCGGACACUCUAACAAUAAGUGAAUCGACUUUGACGGCAAGCGAUGUUAUUAGCAGCACUUCGUCAGUAGACAUUGCUACGUCAACUGUGACAAUCAGCAGAAGUUUAUCGGCAGACAGUUCUUCGUCCGCAGAUGUUACGAGCUCAACUGUGGUCGCCAACAGCACUACGUCAACCGACGUUGCUGGCCCGACCAUCACAUCUCCGCCGCUCCUAAAUACAACUUCCCCGUUCCCUACGUUUGGAAACGCUACAUUCAAUGGAACCGUCCCCUUGACGACGCUGACAGUCAGCGUGACUUCCGUCUCGACGAUCAUCUCAUGCGCAUCUACGGUUACUAAUUGCCCGGCUGCCACCGAUACCGCAGGCCUUACUUCGCUUCCACCAGAUGCCUACUCGACUGUUCUUAUAACGAGCGUCAUCGGUGUCACUACUACCGUCUGCCCGGUCACCGAAGCCCCAUCAAUCUCAUCAUCUAUUGUGGAGUCUUUUACCGUAACUCCCCCUGCUGGCCCUACUGACUCUGUUGUUACCGUUACUGAGACAGGAUCUAAGCCUUCUGGAAGCGGUGACAAUGGCGGUGAUGUCCCCAGCGUCACUACCACUACAGACGGUGCUUCGCCCACAAAUGUUGGUGGAAACGGCAACGGUAAUGAUGACGGUGGCGACAAAGGUGGUAACAAGCCUUCCGUCGUUACCGUGACUAUCUCUGAUAGUACUGGUAUCGUUACCAAGACUGUAACUAACUCUGCCUCAUCUGAGACCCCUAUUGAGACGGUUAUCAUCACUACUACCAUCAACAUUGGCUCCUCAUCCUCUGCUAUCAUUCGUACCGUAACAGUCUCGAACCCUAGAGAGGAGUCUUCUGCUACUCAGCCGCCUAUCGUGACAGUCACCGUUGGUAAUGGGGACGGAAAGGGUGAGGGUGGUACCAAGACUAAGACUAUCAUCCCUCCUACUGUUACUGUUUCGGGUCCCGCUCAAUCAGUUGUUACUAAGACCGUCGGUGGUGGUGAUGUUAAGACAACCGUCAUUACCGUUUCCGCACCAGCACCCUCGGUUGUCACUAAGACUAUUGGCGGAGGGGGUGCUGAUACUACUGUCACGGUCUCAGCACCUGCUGAGUCCGUGGUUACCAAGACUGUCGGGGCCGGUUCCACUGUUACCAAGACCGUCGGCGGCGGAGAGGGUACCACAACUAUCGUCCAGUCUACUGUUACAAUCUCCGCGCCGACAGUUGUCACCAAAACUAAAACCAUCAAGCCAUCCACCGUCACUGUUACUGGUUCGGCACCAUCAACGGUCACUAAGACGGUCGGCGGGGGUGAAACUACCGUCACCAAGACUGUUGGUGGAGGUGGCAGCACCACAACUGUCUUCGAAACCGUAAGCGGUGGUGCUACGUCUACCAUCAUCAGUGUAGUCACCUCUACAGUGACCUCCACACCUGAGGGAUUAUGCGCAUGCACAACUACCAACCUUAAGUUUUAA